AUCUAUUUUUUUGACUGUCAAGCGACAUUAUAUAUAUUUUGUUUUCAGCAGUCCGGCCUUUCUUGAGGAAAUACACAAACGUUUGGCAAAUUUUCUUCGAUCUGGAGAAAUUUUGAGGUUUUUGUGCCAUGUUAUUCGUUUAGAAAAUAAUGGGGAAAUGCGCUAGGAUGUCUUCUGUCCUUGGUGCGGAAUUUCGUUUCGUCGCUGUGUUUGAAAUUUUUCGCCCAAUUACUGGCGUAAAAUUUUACUACACAUUUGAUCGUCCACCUCAUAGUCCAACGCCAAAUAUCUCAUAUAUUCGUUUCAAAUUUCAUAACAAACCACACAACGACCGCAAUCGACUACGUUAGAAGAGUGGUACAUGGGUAAAUACAUGUACUGACAAGCAAAAAUUACCAUACUGUAUAGGGAUAUUCAUAAUGGACAGAUGCUCGAGUAAUGAUCGUUAUGUAUUUUCGUCGUAUAACGGCUUUCGGUCCACAGCACCUCACCAGUCCUCUCGAUACUCCGAACAUGGCUUACUAAAGUCGAAUUUAUUUGUGAAAUUAUCUGCAGAUUUUACGUAAUGGCAACUGAUAAAUAUAUUCUCACUGAUAUAGAUAAAAAGCAGGUUGAUAAUAAUGGAAAUGAGAAAUUUAUAGUUGCUAUUGAUCAAGGUACAAGUAGUUCAAGAGUGAUUAUAUUUUCAAUCAACAAUGGAAGUAUAAUAGCUAUGCAUCAAAUAAGUGUAACACAAAGUUAUCCGUCACCUGGAUGGAUUGAAAUGGAUGCUAAUCAGAUUUAUACAACAAUUCUAGAAUGUUUAAAUAAAUGUGUGGAACAAUUAAAAUCAGUAGAUAAAAGUAUUAAAGAUAUUAUUGGUGUUGGGAUUACAAAUCAACGUGAAACAACAAUUGCAUGGAAUAGUGAAACAGGUGAACCAUUAGCUCCAGCUAUUGUGUGGUCUGAUGCAAGAACUGCUGAUGAUGUUAUAAAAUUUACACAAAUGGCGCCUGGUAAUAAAUCAAAUGCUUUUCAGCAUAUUACAGGUUUACCGAUACAUAGUUAUUUCUCAGCUUUAAAAAUGAAUUGGUUACUAAAUAAUGUAAAGUCAGUGGUUAAAGCAGAUGAAGAAAAUAAAUUAUUAUUUGGCACAGUUGAUUCAUGGCUGAUAUGGAAACUAACUAGUCAGAUGUGCCAUGUUACUGAUGUGACGAAUGCAAGCCGUACACUACUAUUUAAUUUGAAUACAUUGGAGUGGGAUCAUGAUCUAUGCCAAUUUUUUCAUAUUAAUCCACGUACACUUCCGAAAAUAGUAACAUCAUCUGAAUUAAUCGGUGUUAUUCAAGAUUCAAAAUGUUUAAUGAAAGGCGUUCCUAUUUAUGGGAUAUUAGGUGAUCAACAAGCAUCACUUGUUGCACAAACAUGGGGACUGUCCAGUUCUGUAGAUGAAAAUAAUUUACCAGAUAUAUCCAGGGUUAAAGUAACGUAUGGAACUGGAGCAUUUAUGCUAUGGAAUAUUGGUUGUCAACCAUAUUUUUCAGAUAAAGGUGUUCUAACCACAAUAGCUUAUAAAAUGGGUUCAAAAGGAAGACCACAUUAUGCUUUAGAGGGUGCUAUAUCAUUUUCUGGGGCUACAAUGAGAUGGUUAAAGACAAAACUGGACGUGUUUAAAGAUGAUGCGGAAUGUGAGAAAUUGUCUGCUUCAGUAUACAGAAAACAAAGAUUUAAUGAACCAGAUCCAUGCUAUUUAGUCCCAGCAUUUAGUGGUCUUUUCUGUCCAUGGUGGCAAGAAAGUACACGUUGUGUCAUUUGUGGAAUCACAGCGAAUGUUGAUAAAUCUGAUCUUGUUUAUGCUGGCUUAAGAUCAUCUGUUUAUCAAACAUAUGAUGUUCUCUUUGUGGCUACUUUAGCUAAAGCUAAUAAUAAAUGCAAUUCAAUAGUUCCACUAAUGGCAUUAAAAAAACCAAAUGAAAUUAUUGUUGAUGGUGGAAUGUCCAAUAGUGACAUUCUUAUGCAAAGUUUAGCUGACAUUUUGAAUGUAACUGUUCGACGUCAUAAUCAUUCUGAUGUUAUGACUGCAUUAGGUGCGGCAGUUACUGUGGCAUUAGCACUGGAUAUUAAUCCAACUGGAUUAUUGAAAAUUCGAGAAUAUUCGACUAAUAAACCAGAUGAAUAUCAGUCAACAUUUUAUUCAAAAAUUAAUUCAAAUGAUCGCGCCGUUAAAUUAUACGGUUGGCAUGAAUCAGUUAAACGAAGUUUAAACUGGAUAUCGAAUAAGUCAAUAAGUGAAUCACAAAAUACACUUUUCGAUUUAUUGGACCAUAUCUGUAAUGAGCAACAUGAAGAUGUGAAGAAAAUUAAAGAAAAUCAGUGUCCAUUGAAUUCAUCACAAAAAAUAUCGUUUGGUCUAACAGUUAUUGGUGUAUUUUUACUUGGACUGUUGGUUGGUCAGAGAAUUAAAUGAUGUGUUUACGUUAUGCUUUAUCAUAUAUAUGGGAGGCGAUGAUUUUAAUUUCAGAACGAACUAUCUUAUUAUCAGUCAUUUUAUCUAUUUAAUAAAAUAUACUUAAAU